AGUAGGGAAUCCAAGAUCACAUCACCUCUCCCUGGAGGCAGAAAGCAGACUCUCAGGCCCAUCUAUUUUGUGAAGUUGGCAGGGUGUCAUCUCUAUCCACUCAGAAGAGUGGCUGGGACGAUAAGAGAGAAAGACACCCUACACUCAACAACUUCAUAACAUCUACCCACCCCUAAAGCCUGAAACUGUCUCAAGUCUAAAGACUCGGGGCAAGCACUUACCAUGCAGUUUUUGACUGCAGUAAGUCCACAGUCAUUCUCUACCCCAGGCUGGAAGGUGGAGACCAAGUAUUCAACCCAAGUGCUCACUGGAAACUGGGUGGAAGAGAGGAGGAAGUUCACCAAAGCCAUGGAGGAAACACCUCAGUCCAUUUACAGAAAAGAGUAUGUCCCCUUCCCGGGCCACAGACCCGACCAGAUCUCCAGGUGGUAUGGCAAGAGGAGAGUGGAGGGGCUCCCGUACAAACACCUGCUGACGCACCACCAGGAGCCCUCACACCGCCAUCUGAUUAGCACAUAUGACGACCAUUACAACCGGCAUAAUUACAACCCCAGCCUGCCCCCGCGUCGCACCUGGAGUGGACACAAGUUGCUGUGGCUCCCGGAGAAAGCAGACUUCCCCCUUCUUGCUCCCCCUACCAACUAUGGACUCUAUGAGCAGCUGAAGCAGAGGUGGCUCACGCCCAGGGCUGCCCCGAGGGAGAGCAUUUACACCUCGUCCUACCCGAGACCGCCGCUGUGUGCCAUGUCCCGGCGGGAGCACGCCAUCCCUGUCCCUCCCCCUCGCCUGCACCCUGUCCCGCGCUUCUGAGAACGGCCACGGGCUGUGCAGGUGCAGUGCUCCGUGGAGAGUUGGUGCUGAAUUUCCUUGGCUGGACGGAUGAAUAAAUUGUUGUCUCUUUGGGGGCUCCUCUCUGGACCCACGCUGUACCCCACUCACCACGACCCAGUCCAGUUCCACACUUCGAGCCUCCAUAUAGCUGCUCUCCCCAACCCCCGUCCGCAGGGUGGACCUCCAUCCAGACCCCAGCCCAUCCUGAUGUCCAAAGACCCCUUAUUCUUCCAAGAUCUUGGCUUCUCCCA